AUGACUGAAGACAUUUCCAACUCUGCGACGGCCGGGGCCGAGGUUGGUGGGUUUGCCCGGACGGUCAAGCGGACAGCGUCGGCCGGGAGUCUGGGGAAGAUCUUCAGCGACCGCUUCGGGGCGAGCAAGGGGAGCGGGCAGUCGACGUGGCAGAAGGCGAGGAAGAGGUUCAGCGCGGGCAGUGCGGAUGAUACUCGCCAGGACGAAGACGCCAGCCGCGGCAACAGCAGGCCGGCCAGCUCGGCGAGCGGCCGCUUGAGCAGGAGCAACGCCAUGCACGGCCGCGGACACGGCGGCGGGAGGAAGAGCAGCUGGAGGGGCAGCUGGGGGAGCAGCGCUGCUUCGGCUUCCACGGACAAGAAUAACAACAACAACAGCCACAUCUCGUUCUCAAACACGGAUGUCACGGACGGAGCCGUUGCGAAUCCCGACGCGUGCGGGCCGCACAAGGGGUUCCGUCGGCGCAAGACGUCGACGACGCUUCACGGGCUCAUGGGCGGGAAGGGGCGGGGCCUAGGGUUGGGCAGUUCGGCGCUCGCCAUGACGCCUACGGGAAGUGCGGAGGAUGGCGGCGAAGACAGGCAGCAGCGGCCCAAUACGCUUGACGGCGUCUUCACGAACAGCAUCGCCGCCGACGCCGGCGGCACAACAGCAGUCGCGCUGAACGACGGAACUCCCGCGCGCAAGAAGAGCAGCAGCGUCUCCAACGCCGCCGACUCGCUGGCCCGCCGCAUCAAAAUCCACCGCCUCAAGCGCAGCUCCUCGCUAGACGCCAAGCUGUUCCUUGGUGGCAGCAGCAACGGGGAGAGCAGCAACAACAACGGAAGCAGCAGCAACGCCAACAACAACAGCAGCAGCACCACCAGCGGCCGCCCCCGCAGCAAGUCCGAAAGCGCCAGCGCCCUGCUCGCCACGCCGGCGAAGCUCAUCAAGUACAGGCCGUUCCUGUCCAUAGCCAGCGGCGGCAGCAAAGGCGGCGGCAGCAACAACCACAGCACCAGCAUCGCCAACAACGCCCACCCGAACGCCUCCACAACAGCCCUCCGCCGCCCCUCGCGCACGCCGUCCUCCGAGUCCGGCUUCGACCUGUCCGUCUCCGGCAUCGAGACGCACGGCUUGCUGAGCAGCAGCCCCAGCGGCGGCGGCGGCAUCGGCAUUGGCAUCGAGCCUUCCACUUCCACCUCCGCCGGCGCGACGAGCCCCGGCCUGUCGGGCCCGACGCUGCUGCUGCCCGACACCGACAGCGACGAGCAUCACCCCCAGGCCGAGACGGCGCCGGCCGCCGCCGCUUCGUCCAGCGCCGAGAGCAGCCGCUCGCGCAGCAGCUGGAGCCGGCUGUCGCUGCGGAUCAAGCGGACGAGGAGCAAUGCGAGCGGCGCGGCCGACUCGGCGGCGGGCAGCAGGGCGCCGACGCUGCCCGAGCUGCCGCCGAGCGAGAACUACCUGCUCGGCGAAUUUUCGAUCCCGGAGUUCGAGCACGUUGAGGGGGCGGACGGAGAGAUCGAGUGGGUGGAGAAGGGGACGGGGAGGGUGGUGCAGACGAUUGGGAAGCAGACCGGGACGAGGAGGCAGGAUGCGGACGCUAUAAGGAGGGUCGUGGAGAACCGGAGGAAGAUCGUGGUGGCUAGCGACCGCGCGGAGGAGGAGGAGGGGCGGUCUUCGCGGUCCGCUGCGGCGGAUGGGGAGCAGGCGAAGAGAACGGAGAUUUGGGUCGAGGAGGUCAAGAGGGAGCAGGCGGCGGACCCGGCAGAAGCAAAGGCGGGAGCGGAGUUGAGUAAGGAGGUGGCAAGCGAGGCAGUGGCCAAAGACGUGGAGUCGGGUGCAUCUGUGAGGGAAGUGGAUGGUGGGCCGAGUGGUAGUGCAGGAGACGGAGUGCCGGUCAUCCGCUCCCCUUCACCGAGGAGCCUUACUCCGAAGCCUACUCCCGCGCAGCUUGCUGCUGCGCACGAGAUCACGGCCAGAGGCCGGGCCAUGCUAGUAGAGCCGGGAAAGAGACACGACAGGAUCAUUCCGUCACAGGGCUCGUCGGUCUACUCGACCCAAGACACCUCGCCAUUGACGCCGCCAACAUCUUCCGGCACGCCGAUUCCCCAGGAUAACGACUACGCCAAGGAUAUCGAGACCGAGAUUGUCGACGACCGAUGGGUGGAUUACGGACCAUUGAACGAGGUAAGAUUGCUAUAG